AUGGGAGUAUUAGAAAAGAUACAGGAAAUUGAAGAUGAGAUGAGGAGAACUCAGAAGAAUAAAAAUACUGAAUAUCACCUUGGUCAACUCAAAGCGAAGCUAGCAAAACACAGGCAGCAACUACUCGAGCCAUCGACCAAAUCAUCAAAACCAGGUGAAGGUUUCGAUGUAAUGAAGAGCGGUGACGCUCGUAUCGUCAUGAUCGGUUUCCCUUCCGUCGGUAAAUCCACGCUUCUCUCGAAAACAACAAAGACAGAAUCUGCUACGGCCGAUUACGAGUUCACUACUCUUACCGCUAUUCCCGGUGUACUCGAACACCAAGGUACACGCAUACAGCUACUCGAUUUACCCGGUAUUGUUGAGGGUGCUUCUGCUGGUAGAGGUCGUGGUCGACAGGUCGUCAGUGUUGCGAAAACUGCUGAUCUUGUUUUGAUAGUACUCGACGCAACAAAGUCUUUGGAACAGAGACGUUUGUUGGAGUAUGAGCUCGAAGCUGUCGGUAUUCGCCUUAACAAGAAAAGACCCGAUGUCCAGAUAAAGAAGAAGAAGACAGGCGGUGUGACUAUCAAUUGUCCUGUUGAAUUGACCCACACUGACCAGAGAACGUUGAGAACCAUUCUCCAGGAAUACAAAAUACACAAUGCAGAUAUUAUGAUCAGGGAGGAUAUAACAGCGGACGAUUUCAUUGAUGUCGUUCUCGGCAAUAGGAAGUACAUGAAUUGCGUCUACGCAUACAACAAGAUAGACGGCGUGUCGUUGGAGGAGGUGAAUAGACUGGCACACGAGCCGAACACAGUUCCUCUGUCUUGCGAGAUGGAUCUCAACCUCGAUUACCUCAUCGAGCGCAUGUGGGAGCAACUAGACCUUCUCAAAAUAUAUACAAAGAGACGUGGCACUCAUCCUGACCUUAACGAUCCGGUUUGUAUGCGUAAGGGUGCAACUAUCGAACACGUCUGUCACUCCAUUCACCGCUCACUCGCUGAAUCUUUCAAAUAUGCUAUCGUUUGGGGAAAAUCGAGUAAAUUCAAUCCACAACCUCAGAAGGUUUCUUUCACACAUCGAGUAGCUAAUGAAGAUGUAGUCACCAUUGUAGCGUAG